UCACUGUGUGUGGGUGCAACAAUGGCUAAGGCUAAGUUCUUUGCUACUUUGAUCUUGGCACUCAUUGCUAUUUCCAUGCUUCAAACGAUGGUCAUGGGUGUUAAUGGGCAAGGUAGCCACCUGAAUGAUAACAAGAGCAAAUAUGGACCCGGGAGUCUUAAGAGCUACCAAUGCCCUUCACAAUGCUCGAGGAGAUGUGGCAAGACCCAAUACCACAAGCCCUGCAUGUUUUUCUGUCAGAAAUGCUGCAGGAAAUGCUUGUGUGUGCCCCCGGGUUAUUAUGGGAAUAAAGCUGUGUGUCCUUGCUACAACAAUUGGAAGACCAAGGAAGGAGGACCCAAGUGUCCUUAA